UUGUGGACCAAUCUCUGCGCGCGGCGGUGACAUAAUGGAAAUGUUAGACCCGAAUCUCCCAGAAUCUAGCCCGGACUGAGACCGAGAGAGAACCUGCGGCCGGAGGACCAGACCAGGACACCAGCGCAGAUCAACACUCCGCUCUGUACCACGGUCAGAUGCCCGCCUGGUCCUGGAUGUGACACGGACAUGGAGCCCUUGUUCCCGGGUGUGUCUCCUCGGCUCUCGGUGGUAAAGAAGGACAUUCCCGGAGCUUUGGAGCAGGAGCAGACACAACUCAAGCCCGGUUCUGAGUCCGCGGAGCUCGGCUUGAUGAAGCUGGCUACUCCGGACAUUGAGCGGCUGCUCGUGGCGCCCUUCCUGUGCCCCAAGCCCGCGGAGGCAGAGCAGGAGUUCGCGGAAGGCUUUGUCAAAGCUCUGGAGGACCUCCACAAACAGAACCAGCUGGAGUCCGUGCACGCGGAAAGACUGGAGCUGAUGCACGCGGACCUGCCCGUGUACACUACACUCAACGGGUACGGGCACGCGCUCAGCUAUCCCACGGACCCCGCACCUUUCCCCCCGCCGUCCCACGUGAACCCGCAGCCCGCCGCCGCUCUGCGCCUCAAGGACGAGCCGCAGACGGUGCCAGACGCACAGAGCUUUGGAGACAGUCCGCCGCUGUCGCCCAUUGACAUGGACAACCAGGAGCGCAUCAAGGCGGAGCGGAAGAAGCUGCGCAACCGCAUCGCCGCCUCCAAGUGCCGCAAACGUAAACUGGAGCGUAUCUCACGGCUCGAGGACAAAGUAAAGACACUAAAAACACAGAACACUGAGCUGGCGUCCACCGCGAGCGUCCUGCGCGAGCAGGUGGCACAGCUCAAACAGAAGGUCAUGAGUCACGUGAGCAGUGGGUGCCAGUUGCUGCCCAAUCAGGUGCAGGCUUAUUAGUGCCAUUACCUCUUCCCCAGGACACUAGAGUGAGUGUGUGAGGGCGGUGGACUGAUGGAGCAGAGGAGCAGAGGCUCCAGCUCACACUGCGCCUGUUUGGCCCUGAGGAGAUGUUCUUCUUUGUACAGGACAUGUCUUAAGAGUCUGCAGCAGAAUUCACAGAUCAGUGUUGAACAGGACUCACUGUUCCGCUCCUCCUCCUCAUCUGGACGAUAAGGCUCCACUUUCAGCGGGACACGUGAUGGACUCAUUUGGACAAACAGUGUUUGACCUUUGACCUAUCCAACCAAAGUUGAUCACUGUGGAAUAUCACCUGACCGCUGACACUCACAACGGCCUGGAUCAGGGCUCAAACACAUGCUCCUAAAAAUGCCUCAGUGGAACUUUAAAGCCAUAAGAGUCUCCAUAGAGACGCAGAGCUGCUGUGGAGACUCAAACCAAAAGUGCAACCAAAGCCACUGUGCCAAGUGUAUGACCCGAUUGUUUACAAGCACUUCUUUACUAAUAUAAAACUAUAUAUUACAAUGUUUUAUUUGACAUAUUUUAUUGACCUGCCUCUUUGCAUGUUUCAUAUCUUUUGUAUAUACCUCUGCUUAUCUACAUGUUUGUUAUUGUUUAUUAAAUUAUCACUAAAGCUGUU